GGAAGGCGGGAAUUGAGUUUGUCCAGCGAAUCGGGUUUGACCUUUUUUUGACGGGAGGGGACACCUGUCCAACUUUUUUUGCCGUUCAGCCAUGCCACCGCAGACCCGUCGUUUCCCAUUCUCAGAAAGACGGCUCUUUAAAGCUGGCAAAUUCAUCUACAAGUUCAAGAUCAGAGAAGGCGCCACCUGCAGCGGGGAGAAGAUUAGGAGAGAGGACGGCUUCAGUCAAGAACUGGAGGAUAUUAUCAGAACUGUUCUUGGGAACCUGGACGACCUCCAGCCCUUCUCCUCCACCCACUACACCGUCUAUCCACAUAAGAAGCGAUGGAGGAGAGUUUCCAAACACGACGGGAAGGAACUAGAAUUCUACCCGUUUGUUCUGACUCUUUACCUGGGGAAAAAGAAGCAAAACGGGGGACAAGCAGAGGAGGGUAAAGAGGAAAUGCAGCUCGUCCCCUCUGUUUCUGAGCCUCAGCCAAAGCGCUAUAAGACAGACUCACCACUAGAGGAGGCCAUACUAAAGGCCUUAACCAAGGACCUGGAUGCAGAGAGAAGGGCCAUAAUGUCUGGCACAAUGACUUUAGGCUUUCGACACAAAGAGGAGGACGUGACAGAAGAGCCGGGACGUGUUGACAAGAUUGGAGCCAGGAAAGCUGACAAUCCCCUUCUCACAUCAGGUGACAGCGCGAUCAGAGAAAGUGAAGGUCCAGGUGAAAUGGAACCUGGGACAACACAGGACAUGGCGCAGGAGGAGGAGGAGGAGGACGACGACGACGAGACACCUGGGACGCCAGAGAGGCCGGGAGUUCUGAUGCGAGUGGUCAGCCACAUCUUCCCUUUCUCCUUGUUCUUCAAAGACCCCUGAGACCCACAGCAGAGACGUGGAGGGUCCCACUGGUCCCGGUGGAGGAGCCAUGAAUAUUUAUAACUGUUGGACUAAGCUUUUACUGGGAGUCUUGUUCUUGUUUUAGUUUUCAUAAGAUUCAUGUGAGUUUUUUCACAUUUUUUCUUCUUAUUAACAUUUCAGGCAAAUAAACACCAUUACCCC